AUGGCGAUGUCAUUCUCAGGAGUUGUUCUCAGUGGGAUUAGUUCUUCUUUUCCCAGCGGAGUAGCCAAGCAGAGCGGCGUUGGCGCCGUCAGAUUUGGCCGGAAAACUGAGCUCGUCGUCGUUGCUCAGCGCAAGAAGUCGUUGAUCUACGCCGACAAAGGUGCCGGCAACAUUGUCGAUGACGUCAACGAGGCCACAAAGAAAGCUUCAGAUUUCGUGACAGACAAGACAAAGGAGGCGUUGAAAGAAGGAGAGAAAGCAAAAGACUACGUUGUUGAGAAGAACGUUGAAGCCAAAGACACAGCAGUGGAUGGAGCUCAGAAAGCUUUGGAUUAUGUGAAGGAAAAAGGAAGCGAAGCAGCUGAGUUUGUAGAGGGUAAAGCAGGAGAGGCUAAGGACGCCACAAAGGCAUGAUGAUUCAACUACUUAACUAGUAGAGAUAUAUGUAUCAAUCCUUCUUGUCUCAUGUUUGAUAUUAUACAAUAAUAUCAGUUUGUUUUUUACUUUUAUUUCAAUAUUUGAAAUAAAGAAUGUUACUUAACCACUCAUGAUCAUCAUAAUUCAAAUUACUAUCAUACCUUAGGCUACAUCUUGAUGAUGUCUUCAAAGCAUAUCAAGGAGAAACUGA